AUGUCUUUCCUAUUCGGCGGUCGCCCCCAGCUGUCCUCAGAGCAGAAGAUUGCUGCUGCUGAGACAGAGGUAGAGAUGGUCUCUGACAUGUUCAAUCGCCUUACACAAUCUUGCACCGCCAAAUGCAUCCCCGCAGACUAUAGAGAAUCCGAUUUGAACAAGGGCGAGUCCGUCUGCCUAGACCGCUGCGUCUCCAAGUUCUUCGACGUCAAUAUCAAGGUCAGCGAGAAGAUGCAGGGAGAGGCUGCUAAUAGGCAAGGUGGUGGCGUGCCUGGUUUCGGCAUGUAA